AUGGCAGUGUCAAAUAUGGUCUUCUCUGACGUGGAAAGUUUUCUGGACAUGCACCCCGAGUUAUUCGAGGACUAUCUGAACCGAAAGGGAAAGCAUAGCAUGGUGGAGAAAUGGCUCAAGAAUCACCAGGCGAGCAAAAGUCCAGCGGCCGCGGCUCCCGCAGAGCCGGAGAAGCCCAACGCGUGUAAGGACAGCUGGGCGAGCAAAAGUGACGGGCUGCAGCGGCGGGCCUCGCAGAAGGAGCUGCGUAAAAGUUUCGCCAGGUCAAAGGCCAUCAAUGCCAACAGGACAUACGACGAACACGUCAACUCCAGGGCCCAGGAGCCCCUGACGAGCAUGAGGAGGAGAGCUCUGCUGAGGAAAGCCAGCUCUCUGCCCCCGACCACUGCCCACAUCCUGAGCGCGCUGCUGGAGUCCAGAGUCAACAUUCCUCAGUACCCGUCCACAGCGAUUGAUUUUAAAUAUUACUUGAAAGAGCAUAACGAAAGAGAGUUUUUCCUUGAGCUGGUAAAAGACAUAUCUAACGACUUGGAUCUAACUAGUCUCAGUUACAAAAUCCUGGUGUUUGUUUGUAUUAUGGUUGAUGCAGACCGCUGCUCCUUGUUUUUAGUGGAGGGCACGGCCAACAAGAAGACACUGGUGUCCAAAUUCUUUGACGUGCACGCAGGUAUCACAGUUUUGCCCUCGAUGAGUAAUUCGGAUGAAGUUCAGGUGCCGUGGGGUAAAGGGAUAAUCGGAUAUGUGGCGGAGCACGGAGAGACUGUAAACAUUCCUGACGCCUAUCAGGACCGACGUUUCAGUGACGAAAUUGACAAGCUGACAGGGUACAAGACCAAGUCACUCUUGUGCAUGCCCAUUCGCAACAGUGAUGGGGAAAUCAUUGGAGUUGCUCAGGCCAUUAACAAAAGUCCAAGUGGAGCACUCUUCACAGAGGAUGAUGAAAAGGUGCUGCAGAUGUACCUGCCCUUCUGUGGUAUUGCAAUCUCCAACGCUCAACUCUUCGCAGCAUCAAGGAAGGAGUAUGACAGAAGCCGGGCUCUCCUGGAGGUCGUCAAUGAUCUGUUUGAGGAGCAGACUGACCUGGAGAAGAUUGUCAGGAAGAUCAUGCACCGUGCACAGACGUUGCUGAAGUGCGAGCGCUGCUCCGUUCAACUGCUGGAGGACAUUGAGUCACCGGUAGUGAAAUUCACCAAAUCAUUUGAGCUCCUGUCCCCUAAGUGCAGCGCAGACACUGAAAACAGUUUUAAAGACAGCAUGGAGAAAUCAUCUUACUCAGACUGGCUCAUCAACAACAGUAUUGCAGAGCUCGUAGCAUCCACAGGUCUGCCUGUGAACAUCAGUGAUGCCUAUCAGGAUCCUCGCUUUGAUGCAGAGGCAGACCAGUUCUCCGGCUUCCACAUCCGCUCUGUGCUUUGUGUUCCCAUAUGGAACAGCAACCACCAAAUCAUUGGUGUCGCUCAAGUGCUGAACAGGCUGGACGGGAAACCGUUUGAUGAUGCAGACCAGCGUCUUUUUGAGGCCUUUGUGAUCUUCUGUGGCCUGGGCAUCAACAACACCAUCAUGUACGACCAGGUGAAGAAGUCCUGGGCCAAACAGUCGGUGGCUCUGGAUGUUCUGUCUUACCACGCCACUUGUUCCAAGACUGAAGUUGACAAAUUCAAGGCGGCUAACAUUCCCCUCGUUUGCGAGCUGGGCAUCGAUAAGCUCUCCUUUGAUGAUUUCUCUCUGGACGUGGACGCAAUGAUAACGGCAGCACUGAGGAUGUUCAUGGAGUUGGGGAUGGUGCAGAAAUUCAAAAUUGACUAUGAGACACUGUGCAGAUGGCUGCUGACCGUCAGAAAAAACUACCGAAUGGUCCUCUACCACAACUGGAGACAUGCCUUCAACGUCUGCCAGUGCAUGUUUGCCAUGCUAACGACGGCAGGCUUCCAAGAGACUCUGACAGAGGUGGAGAUCCUGGCGCUCAUUGUGGGCUGUGUGUGUCAUGACCUGGACCACCGUGGCACCAACAAUGCUUUUCAGGCCAAGACGGGCUCAGCCCUUUCUCUGCUUUAUGGCACCUCUGCUACGCUGGAGCACCACCACUUCAACCACGCCGUUAUGAUCCUGCAGAGCGAGGGUCACAAUAUCUUCUCCAACCUCUCCUCCAGAGAGUAUGGCGACCUCAUGCAGCUGCUGAAACAGUCCAUUUUGGCCACUGACCUCACACUUUACUUUGAGAACAGAAACACCUUCUUUGAGCUGGUCAGCAAAGGAGAGUACAACUGGAAUGUGAAGGCUCACAGAGACAUGUGCAGAUCCAUGUUGAUGACAGCGUGUGACCUGGGAGCCGUCACCAAACCAUGGGAAAUAUCACGCAAGGUGGCAGAGCUGGUGACCAAUGAGUUCUUCGAGCAGGGUGACAGAGAGAGAUCUGAGCUGAAACUCACGCCGUCUGCCAUUUUUGAUCGAAACCGGAAGGAUGAGUUGCCAGGGCUUCAGCUGGAGUGGAUUGAUGGAAUCUGUGCUCCACUAUACGAGACUCUGGUCAAGUUGAAUCCGAAACUCCAACCAAUGCUUGACAUGAUCCAAGCUAACAGGGCCAAAUGGGAGGAACUGAACAAGGAAAGACAGCGUGGCGAGAGUGUCUCUGCGCCCCCAAGCCCCUGCAGUGGCGACAGCACAGAAUCAAGCGGUUGCACUGUGGCCAAAACUGGCGGCACACCUUGCUGCAGCAGUGAUGGCGAUGGUGGCCCUUUUAAACACGUUAGCUAGCUUCUGCUGCCAUCUCCCAAGCUGAUCUGUUAGCUUCUUUCCUCUUAAAUGCAGCCUGCAGAAUAGGCAGUGCAGUGCAUGCAGAGGUUCUUGGGCUCUGCUCCUCGCUUUUGCUACUAGAGAUGAGCUUUAGACUUCAGUGCGGCGCUACCAUAGGGGUUUUUCUGGUCCUUCAGUUUUCCUGCGCUGAAGGCUGAGAGAGCUGUGUUAGGCCAGCUUGUCGGAGCAGCUACAAGCCAUCUGAUGACAACAUGUCUGAAAGGAAACUCAAACCACUGUGUCAACAUGUCAACCAGUGAGCGAACACAGACUAUUCUGGGCAUUGCACAGUUUUGCUACAAGGAAUCUGCAGUCACAACAAGGCAUGGAGAAUACUGGACAGGAAUGUUGUUUGUCUCUGCUGUGGUUCUUUUGCUCUUGGUACCUAUUUGUUGCUAGCAUUUUGUCUUGGAGAAUGGGGUUGUGUUUUUGUAAAUUUGUACAUAGGCUAUUGAAUUUGGAAAAAAAAGAUAUUAUAUGCAAGUGCUGUUUAAAAAAAAAAAAAAAAAGUAAGCUCUGGAUUGUAACCUGUCUGUAGAGUUUCUGAAGGAUAAAGGGGUGCAGGAACAGCAGGACCUGUGGCAAUGCUUGCAAUGCAAAUUCAGUGCUCCGCUCCCUCCCUUCCUGUGCCUUGUUUUAAGAUCCUAAUGAAAAAUGCAUGGCCUCCUCCCCAAGAUUCUUAGAUAGUAUGGAAAUCCUUGUUCAGCGAUGUUAUGUUUUGCAGUAAUUAAAACCAACUGAUGCAGUAUGUCUUAACCCUGUUUCAGCCACAGAGCAUUAAAGAUAUUCCCUUAUGGAAAUAUAUUAUGCCCCCAUUUCUAUUAGCAGGAUCUCACUUGUUGUCUACACACACACAAACACACAGACACACACGCAUAUGCACGCACACACACACACACACACACACACACACACACACACACACACACACACACACACAAACAUACACACAAUGUGCCUUGACAAACUUGUUCUGAUAAUAUCACAUUUAUAAAAGGUUUGCUAGAGUGCUAACAUUAGUAUUUUGCCAUUUGUUUUGUUUGUCAGACAUGCUAACAAUUUUUCUGCAUAAAACUCACUUCCAUCCACUGAUUUGCAAAUGAAUGACCUCCAAAACAGAAUGCAACAAAAUUUAAAGCUAAUUUGAAUGAGA